AUGGCAUCGACCUCCUCCGAGCUAUCAAUGGCAAUGAAGGAUUCUCCAAAUUGGCUAGAAAUGCCUCACGAUCUGAUGGCAAAUAUACUUCAAAGAUUGGGUACCAAAGAAAUAGUCAAGAGCGCACCGAGAGUAUGCACAACUUGGCGGAGAAUUUGCAAAGAUCCAGCGAUGUGGAAGGUCAUUGUUAUUCACAAAUCGAUCAUUGAUUUGAUUAAAGAUUAUGAUCUCGAGACGCCGACUAAGCAGGCAAUCGAUCUCAGCUGCGGGGAAUUAAUAGAUAUCAGUAUCGAAGGGUUUGGCACAGAUAGUCUUCUUGAGUACAUUGUCACACGGUAG